AUGAACUCACCCAGCCCCGACUCUCAACCUCAGGAAGAGGAAGAAAAGAAACAACAACAAUCUUACUAUGACUGGCUUCGCGAACAAUACAAUAUCCAGUACGAGAAAUGGUAUCCAUGGCUCGAAGAUCAGUACCUAAAAUGGUUUGGGAAGGGUGAUAAUAAAGCUUCCUAUGUUACCAAGGACACUCUAAACAACACCAAGGCCAGCGGCUUCGAGCAAGUUGAUCAACUACAAGAUGACGUACAUAAUCUUGUCGGAAAUCAACUCGGCGAUAAUGGAUUGCUCUCGCCUGUUGGCAAGAUGGUUUCUAAAGAGGGGAUUAAUCGAGGUGAGAGAAAGGGGAAGGAUGAAGAGGGGAGAUAUGGAUUUGGGGGCUUGGGGAUUGCGGGGAAGUGA